GGAUCAUUUCCAUGGACCAUCUGUCUCUCCGGCUGCACACACAACAAAGAAGGACCCAGGAUGGUGUUAGUACAUGUUGGAUAUCUGGUUCUCCCCGUCUUCGGCUCAGUUAGAAAUAGAGGAGCACACUUCACCAGGCAUCAACACAGCCAUGCUACCUCCUGCCGACACUUUCACCUGGGUGCUCCCCAGGCGCCCAUCUCAGCUGAGUUCCCUCUAGGACAUGCCAGCCAGCCCCCUCAGACUGGCCUGGCCACCCACCUGCCCCCGGCACACCAUCCGCCCCUCACUGCCCUACCUGCAGCCCCUCAGUUCCAGGAUGUGCCAGGGCCUCCAUUCCUACCUCAGGCCUUACACCAGCAAUACCUCAUCCAGCAGCAGCUUCUUGAAGCGCAGCACCGCAGGAUUCUCCCACACUCCAGAAGAACCCAGGAGCGCCUCCCCCUGAACCCUCACCGGCUGCGCUCAGGCUAUGAGUACUCCCCUCCCCUUCAUGUUCCCCAGCCAAUGUCACAGCAGCCACGGUACCUGGCCGAAGGCACCGACUGGGAUCUCAGCAUAGAUGCUGGCCUCCCUCACCACCAGUACCAGCUCCAGCAGCUUCCGCAGCACUAUCAGCAUUACCUGGCCUCCCCUCGAAUGCACCACUUCCCCAGGAACAAUUCGUCUGCACAAGUGGUUGUGCAUGAAAUCAGAAACUACCCAUACCCCCAGCUACACCUGUUGGCACUGCAAAGUCUGAACCCGUCAAGGCACGCCACCGCUGUGCGGGAAAGUUAUGAGGAGUUGUUGCAGCUAGAGGACCGGCUGGGGAGUGUCAGCAGAGGCGCCGUGCAGACCACCAUAGAGAGAUUCACCUUCCCUCACAAAUACAAAAAGAGAAAGCCCCUGCAGUUGAAGAUUGGGGAAGAGGAGGAAACAGAUGUGGAUGAGAAAUGCACCAUCUGUUUAUCCAUGCUGGAGGACGGCGAGGACGUCAGGAGAUUACCCUGCAUGCAUCUCUUCCACCAGGGCUGCGUGGACCAAUGGCUGGCCACCAGCAGGAAGUGUCCAAUCUGUCGAGUUGACAUCGAAACACAGCUGAACCCUGACAGCUGAUGAGAUUCCUCCCUCUCCCCCUUCUUGUCAAUCACCCUCGUGUGGUUCCUGCUUUCAUCCACCCCGGCUUGCCGGCCCUCUUUCCCCCA